UCACGGCUAAAGAGCAUGCGAAUGUAUGUUAAUUAUCGUCUUCUUGCCUCCGCGGUUCCUCUCUCUAUUCCGUCGUUUGUUCCACGAGGGCGAAAGUGUAUUCCGAGCGUGCUGCGAAUCGUAUUCGAACGUUUCCAAUUGCCGACGCAUCGUAUACUAUCUUACGCAUCUUGUGCGUGUUAAGAAAUAUUUUUUAUGUUAAAGAACGCAUAAAGUACUCGACCGAUGUACUAGUAUUCUGACGCCAAUUUCUAGUCGAGGUUCACCCUCUCGAUUCAAACGGAAACGGAAGAGCGAAGAUUAAUCGCGGUCGAACGAAAGCUGUGUCUUACCAAGAAGUAUGACUGUAAAUAGGAAAUCGGUAAAUGGUUCAAUGCCGAUCAAAGGAAGGCUUGUAUCAUUGUAAUGUAACUGUAACGCGUGUGAACGUAAGGAGACGUCAGCUCCCACCUCGUUAUGGAUGCGCCUGUAUAAAAGAUGCAAAUAAUUAACGCGCUGGCGUUACAGUGAAAACGGCCAUGCGUGCUAAUUUUUAACUUAUGCUACUUUACGUAAAAUAAAUAUAAAAUGUUGAUGCAGAAGCGAAAUACCAAAAUAAAAUGUUGGUAUCCAAGAAUAUUUGAACCGACCCUUUCAAAGCCAGCGAUAAAAGAACAUCCCUAUUCGUUCCUGGUUCGCUCCAGCUUCUUGUCCCUUGCUCCACGCUAUCGAGUCAUUUGCCAUCCUUUCCGGUCCAUCUAUUAUCCUUUCGAACACCGACCUUUCAACCCUUUCUCCAUCUACCCCUAAAAUCACUGUUCCUUUCGGUAAGAACCCUCGCGGCAAUUCUAUCUCUCGGUUUCAUGCACGUCGUGUUGUUCGAUAUCUGAGAUCUCAUCUUCUCGUACACACGCAACCUUGCCUUCCGCCACUUUCCCUCGGUCAGGGAACGUAGAACGUAGUAAUACGCGCGUGAGGCCCGCCAAUACGAGUUGCAAUCGUGCGCGGUCAAGAACACCGGACCAAGGAAGCUUGUUUUAAUAAUAACGACGAUUAACCACGGUGAUGGAACGUCGAGAUGGAUGCCGAUUAACGUCACGUUACGUGUUCGAUUUGUCCCUGAUUGAGUUACGAUUAAGUCUCGUUGCGUGAUUAGUCUUUCCGACCGAAAUGAAAUGUAUUUAUAGAAAUGUAAAUUUCAGAAACUCGUAGACGUGAAAUUCGAUAAAAAAAGAAACGUAGAACUUAAGAAUUGAUUCCAUAAAGAGGAUCAUUUGUCUCGAUUACAUGUUAGGGGUAACAGGCGUGUGUUAACACCUUUCACUGCCACGAGACGUGUGAAAACGUUGCACAGUAGCGUGAUUCACGAGUCGUCUGUGAAAAAAAAGAAGGCAGUCCAAGAGUUACUCGAGGAAGAAACGUCGUCCUUGCAGGGUGUGGCGCGUUCUGGGAAGGAUCGCGAAGGAACCAUGCGAUCUGACCUCGUUCCACCGCUUUUUCCCACUAUGCCGCUGUCUUGUCUCGAAAGGGUUUUCGUAGAGCGUGUACAUCGUGUCAUCGAGUCGAUUCAUGGACUUCGUAACUCUACCGAUACUCGAACACGACUAUCUCGUUUCUAUUAGCUCCAGCUAGAUAGCUGGAUUUAUGGUCUACGUAUUUGUUCACCCAAGCUGUUUCGAAACGUUCCUUAAAUUUGGUUCUACUUGCUUCAAAUCGCAAUCUUAUAAAUUGAUAUCUGUUCGAUGGGAGUAAAACACAAUUUCUUAUUAGUGUCAAGUUAACAAUGGGAAAGAAUGGUGCUGAUAGGAAAUGGAACUAGUACGUUUCCUGUUAUUUCCUGCCUAUGAGUUGUCUAAAAGAUUACAUUGGCCGCGAGUAUAUUUAUACACCGACUGUACAAAAAUUUAAUCAAGCUAUCAGUAGUCUACAGCCUCAGUAAACCCUUCUCAAAUCCUUCGGUAGAACUUUUCUCGAACCAUUGCCAAAUCCAAGGAAAUUGAAUGUACUAGAAACGUGGAAAGGACGAACUGGUUCUACUUCCUGAUACUAGAAAUCAGCAAACAGGGAAGCUCUUGUCAUUCCAGAGCAGUAAGGCGAUGCGACGGGUCAAAACUUUGAAUAGUCUACUCGGUUGCAUUUGGAUUCACGCACAUGCGUGGCUUUCCGGACGAACGAGAGUGAAACUCGUUCGAUUGAAUAACCGUGUCGUAACUCGGGAGGAAGCUGUCCUUUUCAACUUUUAUUCCUCUAGCUUAUUCGUCCCGUUAUUUCCUGAUGGCGUGCGUGGCAUGGUCAAAAAUGUCGCGUUAUAUCGCCAUGAGAAGGCGCGAAGACCGUCGUAAUAUCGAGAGAAGUUUGUAUCCUCUGUGCCAAGACAGGGUCUACUGAAAUAGUUUGCAGAAUUUGGAAAGUGGACAUUGUUACGCAUAUUUCUUUCGCAUAUAAUUAAAAGAUAAUUGAGGGAUUACGCAAGGCGACGGCGAAAGGGGGCUACAGUUACCAGGCGAAUUAACGAGUAAAACUAGGAAACGAGAUCGCGAGCUGGCCUCAUAAUCCGCCUAUGUAACGCCGAAUUUACGAGCAAUUUUCUGGCUGGCAAGGACUUCGCGCAACAUCCGGAUGAAUCAUGAAUAUCCACCUUCGAUUUGAUCGUCGUGAACGUAGUAAUUUCAAGAAGGCUAAAGGAAAUCGACGAAUUCUUUUCUUUUCCGAUGCGUUCAGCCUUUGUACACAGGAUGCUGUGCAAUUUACUACACGCGGAACUUAUGACGCAAUUAAUGUAAUACUUAUGAACUCAUCUUAAAAGCCAAUUUGGUAAGGAUGCUAUUUUCAGAGUAAUCUUUGGUGUUUCGAAACGUAUAUUUCUAAAUUGCUACAUACAAGAAGCAGACUGUUCAGCAGCUAAAACCUAUGACCAUAGCGACUCUCAUUCACACCCUCGGUUAAAAAAUCUUGCAAGUUCGUCGAAGCCAACUCGUAAACCUCCCUUAUCGACCGCUAACGAUGGCACUUUGAGCUCGACGCACACGCUUGUUUCGCGGGCAAAGAAUUUUCAUGCACGGAAGCAGAAUCGUGUCUCUAAAGAUUCGAGAUAAACCAUAUAAUGAGGAAAGAUAGCAGGCGAUUGCAAAGUCCUGCCUCAACCGACGUGGGAACAGGAACGUGUAAACACGUGGAUCACCGUGCCGGUUUUGCUCGUUCCAUUUUUUUACCUCUCCUCCCCUCUACUGUUUCUCUUCUCGACGUCACCCUUUUCGUGAUUUCGUGUACGUGUACGUUACGUGGGUUUCUGUGACUCGACAACGCCCGGUAAUCGACUUGCACAACGAGAUCGUGGGAUACGAAUUGGUUCGAGCAAUUAUAAGGAACAUCGAGUUGAAAACUCAGUGAACUUUAAGGUCGUCAAGAUCCGGAAAGUCCAGGUGUUUGACGAGAAAUUUAUGGUUAGAAAUCUGAGUUUUGAAAGAAAAGCAGUUUUGUCAAAUCGUGUUUGAAAGUCGAAAACGCUUGGAGCCUCGAUUCUGGCAAACGGUACAUGUAUCGGGGUGUGCCAAGGAUACGCCGGGAUAUUUCUUCCCCACGUUUCAUGGAGUUCUCACACGAUUGUAUUGAAAUGCCGCUCGUAAACAAUGAGUUGCGUCAUACAAUAUCCGAUUGACAGAGGCGUGACAGGAGGAGAGCAACGAAACAGAGAAAGAAGGGAAAACCUUCCAUCAUGGAGGGAUUUGGAUUAAGAGAACACUCGUUUGCACUCUUCUUGUUCCGAAUACUUAAGCCUUUUAAGAAAUGAGCUCCUUUUACGAUCCUUUCAAUUUGAUCAUACGAUGAAAAAUACUAUUCUGCAAUCUCAAAUAUGUGUAAAUUGAAAAUUGUAUUAGGAACUGCACGAGGCAGGAAAUUUCGAGAGAUGCAGAAACGUUAAACCGGAAAUUGGCGACGAAAAAGCUACUCGGUUCGCGAUGGGAGUGUAAUCUUUUUCCGUGAUCGUUCAUUCUGGUAUUUGAAAGUGUGCCAGUCAUACUAACAAGAAUCGUCGCGACGACACACGGUGAACGGUCGUACAUAAAACAGGCAUUAGCAAAGUAUCUGAUCGUUUUGGCAUUACGGUCACGAGCCAACCUUUCACGGUUUCACGGCUGUUAGAAUCGUAACAGCAACGAGUUCUGGGCCUCUUCCAGGUUCCAGGCGGUCGUCGGAGACCGCUUUAGAAACGGAAGGAGAAUAAUAGGACGUGUCGGCUAACUUCCCAUUCGCGUCGCUUCAGCAUCGGUGCGUGCUCCUUCCUUCACGAUCAUGAGACAAAAACUUUUCCAUUUAUGAUUGAUCGUAAGAGAAGACUUUCAAUUUCUACCGUGACGAGUUAGAAAUUGAGCCGUCAAAACAAAUUUCAAUCACUUGUGAGUUUAAUAUUUCGAAACGCGAGGACGCAAUACGAGAUUAGAGCGAACUACGGUUUUGUGAGGCAAAGAAAUUACGAAACGAUAUUUGAAAAUGUCGAAAGAAGGCUUUUUGAGAUUCACAAAAUGGCUCGAGUAACAGGUACUCUUCCUUAAUGAUCCUUUCACGCCGUCUGACCAUGGACAUUAUCUACUUUAACUGGCCGUAAAACACGUACUCGCAAGGUCCUCAGGAGCAAUUUCUAGGAGUUCCGCUUUGACAAAAAAAAAGAGAGAUCGACGAGGAUUUCCAAUACUAGUUUUUAAAUUACUCUAAAAACUGUACGACCCCUAAUGCCAGAUGUUCAAAUGUUACGGUAUUAUUAAGUAACAAAAAUUCCUGUAUUCGUAAUAAAUUGAAAUAUGCAAAGCACGUGUCAGAAUAUUCAAAAUGCCUGAAAUUUACAAAAUAAAGUUAUUUCGUCUGAAUUAUCUUCCCCAAGAAAAUCGUAUCAAAUUGAAAUUCACGCUUCAUAAACAUCAUAAACAUUUUGCCAUGCAAAACCAGCUUUUGUCCAACAGUUUGCUCCGGACUCAUCAGAAUAGAUUUGUAAGCAGAAAAAGGCCGUAUAAAGCACAACUUCUAAAUGAGCAGUCCUUUUUUAAACCGGUCGAGUUCGACCGGUCAUCUCGAACGUCUGAAUUUCAAACAAAGACACGUGAAUUAUUCGAGAUGAAAAAAGGAUAGGUAUCUUUAUGUCAGAGGAUGCAAAAGUUUGAUCGUAAUCUCGUCCGCGUUCUUCUGUUCGCUACGUUUACAUGCGAAUUCUUUAUUCCUUUGUUUUAUCUCGAUUCGCGAUCAUUUUUGCUCGCGAGGAAGUUGCUGAAUACUAAAGCAAUUUUAACGCGGUUACCGUUCGAAUUUUGAUCACAAUUUUUGCGGGUGUGGAACUAGCCGAAAACGAACGAGCGUUCGUGGAAUAAUUGGUCUUUCCGGAUCAGUGAUAGACAGCUUGCGAGAUGAGCGUGCACUUGAUUUAACCAUUACCAUUAUCGACCCGUAUCUCGAACGGGAAUUAAACAAAGGAGCUACCGUAUCUUGCCUUCACACUCGCUUAAGCAAGAUUAAGGAUCUGGUAUCGUAAACAGCGAGGGAAUUAUUUAGUCCGCGAUUACAUCGAACACGAGAUUAGUGCAACGAAAGAAGGUGUGCUCCAUUAUUUAUGCACACGACCAUCCGAGCAACCUUUGUUCCUACUCUCUUAAAUAUUGCGACACUCGUCGUAACACAGUGGCAAUAACCACGCCCCUCUUUCGGCAUACUCAUUUUCUUGCUAAAUAAAUCUUUUUCCUGUCUUCAAGCUGUCGAGUUUCGAUUACACAGAUUAGGAAACGGUCAUUCAUGAUCCACGAUCAUCGAGUUCAGAGUAAUACGGAGGAGAAUGUUUAGUAAUUAGGGCACCGAUGAACAUGGGACAAUACCUAUUCUACAGGGUACACAUUAUUUUUUAAUAAGCCGGCUAAUUAGCGAACGAGCAAGACGCGUAUAAAAUAAUUACAUGUCUAAAGAUCAAAGGUACAAACGGUUGAACUCUAAAGAAAGGAUAUCUUGAUCUUUCGGUCAAUCUGGCAGUUCUGUGUUGACCGGAAGUGGCGGCAAGAAAACGAGCAUCCUUUCGCCGGUUAGGUAGCCGGCACGUGGAUAAACGCGCGGUUACCGUAUGUGCGUCUGUUGGUUGUCUUCUCACAGGAAGAAAGACGAAUCCAAGUGGGGGUGGGCAACCAUGGGAUGGAAGGAGUACAGGAGAGCUUUUGCCCGGGAACGAAACACGCCUCGGGUGGGAGAUAGAUAUAAAGAGCAUCGUCUCGGAAUGACGGCUAUCAGUGAGUAUCGCGUCGUUUUCCCAUACACAGUUUUAACACACGGGACACCGUACAACUUGAUCAGCAUGCUGAAGUUUCAGGUUUUAUUUCUUUCGUGCGCAACUAUCGCAGUCUGCAAGGCGGUGGUCCUGAGCGGAUACAACGGGGGCCAUGGACUCUCGUACAGCGAUUACGAGGCUUACGAAGGAUACGCGCAUUCAGGAUCAGCGGAAUACGAUGGACACGCGGUGCUACCAACGGUAGCAGUUCCGGUGCACGCGGUGUCCGCCUCGCCUGUCCACUUGACCGCGACCCUUGAUCAUGGAGCGCACAGCUACGAUCAUCGUGGUGAUCAUGAUCACGAUUAUUAUGCCCAUCCAAAGUACACGUUCAACUACGGUGUCCACGACCCCCAUACAGGAGACGUGAAGACCCAGCACGAGGUACGCGACGGUGACGUAGUUCAUGGUUCCUACAGUGUCAACGAACCCGACGGUAGCGUCAGGAUCGUCGAAUACACCGCUGACGACCAUAACGGUUUCAACGCUGUGGUGAAGAAAGUUGGACCAGCUGUUCAUCCGAAACCCAUACCCGUCGCAAAGUACAUAUCGCCAGCGUAUUACAACAGUUACGAGGACUAUGACAAACACUAUUAAACGCGUGCCUAAUUUAGAGAGAGAAUUAACCCUUUACCUUUCGCAUCAUAACGCGGGUAACUUCUCAAUUGGAUCAGGAAAUUUAACUUUCUCCCUCUGUUCAUUUGCGCAUCUGUUAUUUAUUUUUUCUUUGUACCGAGAAUUUGUUUAAGAAAAUAAUGAGGGUGAGGGGUUAAUUUUGCGAGAGGAGGAACCUAUUAUACAGGGUCAGAUCGAAGGUGAAGGAUCGAGGGACUAUUUAAACGAACACGUUGAUGAUCGAUCGAUGACGGAUUAUUCAUCGAUCAUCCGCGUGUUGAAAUUUGGAGUUGCAAUCGAUUUGCAAGACUCCAGAGCAAUUUUUAAUUGAAUAUUUAUAGAUUAUGUGUAGAUAUACGAUUUUGUGAGUCGAGUUUGAGCUUGGAAAUUUUUCAAUCGAAAGUACAAUUUGUGAUUUGAAUUUCUUUACUGCGUUCGAAUCAAUACUUUUGCAAUCGAAGCCACUUCUCUCUACCUCACUCAAUAAACGCGGAAGAUUGACAAUCUUGUAGUAAAAUCAAAUCUAUUUGUGAAAUAAAGAAAUGAUUCUAUGAAGCA